AUGUAUAAUUUUGGAAAGACCCAGGCCCAGCUGCUGAUAGUGGAGAGAGGUUUUGACCCCGUCAGCCCCAUCCUGCAUGAGCUGACCUACCAGGCCAUGGCUUACGACCUCAUUGAUAUCCAGGAAGACACCUACAAAUACAAAGCUGAAGAUGGCCCAGAGAAGGAGGCCCAGCUGAGUGAGGACGACCAGCUCUGGAUUAAGCUGAGGCACAAGCACAUCGCUGAAGUAGCAGAACAAAUCCCAAAGCUGGUAAAGGAAAUAGCUGCUAGCAAGAAGAAGCCAGAUGGAAAGAUCACAAUUGCCAAUUUGUCCCAGAUGAUGAAGAAGAUGCCAGCCUUCCGUAAACAAAUGACUGAGAAAAAGGCUCAUCUGCAUUUGGCCGAGGACUGCAUGGAACAUUACUCAAAAAACGUGGAGAAGCUCUGCAAAGCUGAACAGGACCUUGCAGUGGGGUCAGACGUGGAGGGGGUGAAGGUGAAAGACGCCAUGAGGACCCUGCUACCUGUGCUGCUCCACCCAUACAACCCCCCCGACAAGAUCAGAGCUGUGCUGCUCUACAUCUUCAGCCUCAGCGGAACAACGACCGAGAACUUAAACAAACUCAUCCAGCAUGUAAAGAUCGAGGACCAACAAGAGUUCAUCUUGAACUGGAAAGCACUGGGAGUCCCCAUCAUCACCUCGCCUAGUUUCUUCUCCCGUAAACCAACCAGACGCGAUCGUUCCCAGGAGGACACUUACAAGCUUUCCAGAUGGACUCCUGUCAUAAAAGAUGUGAUGGAGGAUGCCGUGGAGAACAAACUGGACACCAAAGAGUGGCCGCACCUGUCUGAGAGUCCUGCUGCCUGGAAUGGCUCCGGGGCCGUCAGCGCCCGUCAGAAGCACAAAGCCAGCUCUCAGGAUGAACGCCGGACCGGGUCGCGCCUCAUCGUGUUUGUUGUGGGAGGGAUGAGCUACUCUGAAAUGCGCUGUGCCUACGAGGUGACCCAGACGGUCAAAUCCUGCGAGGUCAUCAUAGGGUCUUCUCACAUUUUGACCCCAACCGGUCUCCUGAAUGACAUCAAGGCUCUGAGCAAAGCCCCGAGCAAAGCCCCCAUGGAAACGUUAACAAUAGAGGAAAGGAGCAACGCCUGAGAGGUUUCCCCUAACUCCAAAACGUCCCCCUGCCUCCCUAAAUCUCACAUUACUCAGCACAGUGCACUCAACUCAACUUCCUGUGUGGAAAACUGAAGGGAAUUUGCCUUAUACUUAUUCGUAUUCUUAUGUUUUAAUACUCUUUUCAACCCUGGUGCACAUUUAUAUUAGGCAUGAGGGCAAAUUAUUUGUUUUAUUUGUUGUUAUUUGAUUAGAUCAAUCAUAUUCAAAUGGAAUUGCCCUAAUCCUACUAUAAACAUUUAAGUAAUUAUGUGUCAUCUGCCUUUUUGUGUUCUGGUUAUGCUACAUGUUGAAAGACCUCUGAGGAACUUUCAGAGACAGAAUUGAGAUGGUAAGUAGCACAAAGCUAAUGUAUAUACUGUAUGUACGCAAUGAGUCCUGACUUUUUCAGUCACACGUUAUGUAAUUUUGAAGAGUGUUUUUAACAUAGAGUAUUUACGUUUUUUUCUUUAAUUGAACAACUGACUAAUAAAUGGAGGAGGUGGUUCAAAAAUGA